CAUCAAAUUCCCUUUGCUGUUCUUCAUCCUCAUGAGAUUUCUAUGGAUUUUCUAUGGAUUUUCCUGUUCUUCCCCUGUUUCUUCACCAUCGUUUCUUCUUUAUCCUCUGUUUCCAUUUCUGAAACUGGGAACCAGACGUUGAUUUGCAGUUUGAAUUCUCGAUUUUCUUUGAAUUGUUCUAGUUUUCCUUCUGGGAUUCAAAUUCCCUUCCAACCCAAUGAUUCUUACUCCGGGAUCGUCGCCGGAGAUGGGUUCUUUUGUGGGUUGAGAGAUUUUCCGACCGCCGCCAAAUCCGUCCUUGUUUGUUGGAGAUACUCUGUAAAUGGAACAAACAUGGAACCCAGAGUGGUUUAUAACGGCCCGAAUUUGAAGGAGCUUCGAGCUGGAAAUUCCCACAUUUGUGGAGUUGUUAACGCCACUAAUCGUCUUCAAUGUUGGCAAUGGCGGCGGUUCACUCGGUAUUUCACUUUUGAUUUCUUGUCCAUUGCUGUCGGUGGUGAUUUCGUUUGUGGUCUCUCUGUCGCCGGCGAGAUUCGUUGCGAUGGAACUGGGAAUUCCGCCGCUGCCGCCUUCGGCGGCAGCGGCUACAAGGCGGUUGCUGCUGGGUUCCGGCAUGUAUGUGGGAUUGAUUUGAGGAAUGAACUGGCAUGUUGGGGGGUGGGAGCCGGAGAGAUUCCGACCGGGGAGUUUAAAUUGUUGGCUUUGGGGGAUAAUCGGAGCUGUGGUCUCCGGUUGAAUGGGACGGCGGUUUGUUGGGGUGAAAAGAGUUUUACCUUGCCGGAGAGGUUAAAAGGGGAGUUUUUUACUGCGAUUGAGGCGAAGAAAAACGUGUUUUGUGGUGUUUUGAGACGGAAUUUCUCUUUACUCUGCUGGGGAAAUGAAAUUUUCAACCGGAAUUUGUUCUCUGUUUUUGAUUUUGUUCCACCUGGUUCUUGUAGAUCGGAAUGCCCAUGUGGCCCAUUAGCUAACACAGCUCAAUUCUGUACUCAAACAACCAUGAUUUGCAAGCCUUGUGAAGAAAGACCUCCUCUUCUUCCGCCGCCGUCCCCCGCCGCACCGCCGCAGCAUUCCCAUCACUCCUCUGGCCAACGGUGGAGUGGCAGAAUGGUGGCUCUACUUGUAGUGGGCUGCGUUGGGAGCUUGUCAUUAGUACUCAUUUGUUCCUUUUUUGUGUACAAAUACUGUAAAAACAGAGUCUGUCGUGUUCAUGAUUCUGGCCCAAUGGAGGAUCCUGUCGGAACUAGCGGCGGCGGUGGCGGCGGCGGUGACGGCCGCCGUGAUACGGCGGCCGGUCGGAAGAAGGUGUUGGAGAAGAGAUUGAGCCAUUUGAUUAGCUUGGGAAAUGGUGGGCAAUUGGGCCAAUUGGAGGACUUUCCACUUUCAACUCUUCUUGAAGCAACGAACAAUUUCUCUGAAGAACACAAAAUUGGGAAUGGAAGCUUUGGAUCGGUUUAUAGAGGUGUGUUGAGUGAUGGUCGUGAAGUAGCUAUAAAACGAGCUGAAUUCUCUCCAAUGUGGGAGACAAAGAGACAAGAAGACAAAGACAACGCUUUCCUUAACGAGCUCGAAUCAUUGUCUCGCAUUAGCCACAAGAAUCUCGUACGUCUUCUCGGCUUCUUCGACGACACCCACGAGAGAGUAUUAGUGUAUGAAUUCAUGAGCAACGGCACACUCCACGACCAUCUCCACAAGCUCCCAUUCUCGUCACUUUCUGCUUCCUGGGCUCGUCGUAUUGCUGUUGCACUUGAUGCUGCUAGAGGAAUACAGUAUCUCCAUGAUUACCUCUCCCCACCGAUCAUCCACCGCGAUAUCAAGUCGUCGAAUAUCCUCCUCGACGAUAGAUGGACGGCGAAGGUCUCGGACUUUGGACUGUCACUGAUGGGGCCAGACGAUGAUGCAUCGCACUUGUCGUUACGUGCAGCUGGAACAGUGGGGUAUAUGGAUCCAGAGUACUAUAGGUUGCAACAGCUUACGACGAAGAGUGACGUGUAUAGCUUUGGGGUUGUAUUGUUAGAGCUGUUGUCGGGGUGUAAGGCGAUUCACAAGAACGAGAACGGGGUGCCGAGGAACGUGGUGGAUGUGGUGGUGCCCUACAUUGUGAGAGAUGAGAUUCAUAGGGUGUUGGAUUUGAGAGUGCCGGCGCCAACGCCGUUUGAGAUAGAGGCAGUGAAGUAUGUGGGGUAUUUAGCGGCUGAUUGUGUUAUUACGGAAGGAAGGCAUAGGCCUUCUAUGACGGAUAUUGUAAAUUGUUUGGAGAGGGCCUUGGCUGCUUGUUUGGCGCCUACAACCCUCUCUAGAUCUUCAACUGAGUCAUCAAUGUAGAGCAU